AUGGAAUCCAACACUCCUCACCCUUCCACCGCACACCGUGGACAGGGGUUCAACAUGGGUUUGGUGGCCACGUUGGAAAAGGCCGACGACAUCAAAGUUUAUGCCGAUCAUCCUGCCCAUUUGGCAAGACCACAGGGUCCAAAUUUUCGAGGCUCUGACAAAAACUAA